GGAUAAACACCACCGCUGUUUUAUACAGUACAUACAUUUAUUUGUAAAUAAUUUUCAACUGCUUUUAGCUGCUCACCCAACCACUUGUCCUAUUCUGAUCUCCGGCGAGAACCAAAUCGCCGGUGACGAUGACGCUGAUCAAUACUGUAACGCUGGCUACUGUAUUAGCUACUCACAGGUCUUUUGGCUCUAGUGCUGAUAAUAUUGAGUUUGGAUCAGUCUGGUGGUUUGUUUACGCCGGAAUAUCUUGUUUUCUGGUGCUCUUCGCCGGAAUUAUGUCUGGUCUUACUUUAGGUUUGAUGUCUCUUGGCCUUGUGGAGCUUGAGAUACUUCAGCGCAGUGGCACACCUACCGAGAAGAAACAAGCAGCUGCUAUCUUUCCGGUGGUCCAGAAGCAACAUCAACUUCUCGUUACCUUGCUUUUGUGCAAUGCUGCCUCGAUGGAGGCUCUCCCUAUAUACCUGGAUAGAAUCUUUCAUCCUGUUGUAGCUGUUCUGCUGUCAGUAACUUUCGUGCUUGUCUUCGGAGAGAUUAUACCGCAAGCCAUAUGUACCCGAUAUGGGCUUGCUGUGGGCGCAAAUUUUGUGUGGCUUGUCCGCUCUUUGAUGUUCAUUUGCUAUCCUAUUGCAUAUCCUAUUGGAAAGGUCCUAGACGCUGUGUUGGGGCAUAAUGAUGCAUUGUUUAGGCGUGCACAACUGAAAGCCCUUGUCUCUAUCCAUGGCCAAGCGGCUGGUAAAGGUGGUGAACUUACGCAUGACGAAACUACUAUUAUAAGUGGAGCACUUGAUUUAACCUUGAAGACUGCAGAGGAGGCUAUGACACCUAUUGAAUCAACAUUUUCACUGGAUGUUAAUUCUAAAAUUGAUUGGGAGGCAAUUGGAAAAAUCCUUGCGCGAGGUCAUAGUCGUGUUCCCGUAUACUCUGGGAAUCCAAAAAACAUUAUCGGUCUUUUAUUGGUCAAAAGUCUUCUAACAGUUCGAGCGGAAACUGAGACUCCAGUCAGUGCAGUUUCUAUCAGAAGAGUCCCUAGAGUUCCUGCUGAUAUGCCCUUAUACGAUAUCCUCAACGAGUUCCAAAAAGGGAGCAGUCAUAUGGCAGCUGUGGUUAAAGUGAAAACUCAGAACACCGUGUCUGAUUGUGAAGUAGAGAAGGCCUUCGGAAAUAAAGUUACGAAAGGGAAGUACCAAUUAACGGUCCCCCUGCUGUCGGAGCAUGAUGAAGAAUCAGAUAAUCAUGUGGUUGAUGUUGACAAUGCUUCAAAUACUACAGCGCUUAAGCACACUUUCAUCUCACAGAGUGAAGCGGCAACAACUAAUGUGGCGGAGAAUAUUGAAGAUGGCGAGAUCAUUGGCAUAAUCACCCUGGAGGAUGUUUUUGAAGAACUUCUGCAAGAGGAAAUUGUUGAUGAGACUGAUGUAUAUGUCGACGUGCAUAAGAGAAUACGUGUAGCUGCUGCUGUUGCUGCUUCAUCUGUUGCACGAGCACCUUCAAGUCGGAAGUUGAUUGCUCAGAAGGGAGGCCAAGGUAAACAAGGAGACUCACCGCAUCUGCAAUCAAGGUCACCAGGAACAACCAAGGGAUCACUUUUCAGCACCAACAAAUGAUUACAAAAUUAUGGCAGAGCAAGAUAGGUUUCCUUACCAUAUAUUUGUAGAUUUACAUGUUUGUAAUUUUAAAUGAUAUAUAUAUAGAUUGUAGCAGGCAGAUCAAUUUUGUAACUUUUGGGGGGUGUGAACUGCAAAGUACUUGAAAAAUUGUGUUACCUUUUUUUUUUUUUGGAUAGACUUUGAAAGAUUAUUUUAACUCUUUGCGUAUACAUAUAUAGUUUAUCAUAGAAACUUCUGUGAGUUUGUGAA